UCUGCCAAUGAAGCAGAAACCACCACCGCAACCUGACAUCAAAAUCCAUUCUUUUAAAUGAAGAAACCACCUUCCUCCGCCGUCAGUGUCUGUUUCGCCGCCGUUUUUAUAUUCUGUUUUCUACCUUCAUCCCAUGCUCUUGGCUCCGGCGUCACCCUGGCCAUCACCGACGUCUCUGCCACCGUGUGCGGCAUCGUAGCAGGUGAAUCCACGCAGCGCAUUGAGUGUUACCGUCGCGGGGUGAUCGUUCCCAUCGUCCCCAACGUUUCCUUUUCUUCCAUCUCCGGUGGGAAGAACUACUUCUGUGGCAUCAGGUCCGGUAACUCUAGUUUGUAUUGUUGGGACACUGUCUCUUCCUUCAAAAGGAAAAGACUUUACAACAAUGGUUCUGUUCCAUUGGAGAAUCUUGCUGUUGGGGAUGCUCAAGUUUGCACGACGGUGGUAGGUGAUGGAACGGUGAGGUGUUGGAGAACCAAUGACACGUUUCAAUUGCCAUCUGGGUCUGAUGAAUUUGCUUCAAUUUCAUCUGGGUAUGGCUUCUCUUGUGGAAUUCUGAGGAUUGGUUCUUUGGUUAAGUGUUGGGGAGAUAUGGAUAUUGCGAGUCAGAUAGAGAAUGAGUUUGGAAACAUGUCCAUGUUGAGUAUUGUAGCGGGUGGUUCACAUGUUUGUGGGUUGAAUUCAACUGGGUUUUUGGUAUGCAGAGGGAGUAACAGUUCUGGGCAAGUGAAUGUUCCCCAAGGUGGGGCUUUUGAGUAUGGUGGGUUAGCAUUGGGAGCUGAGCAUGGUUGUGCAAUUAGAAGAUUGAAUGGUUCGGUUGUUUGUUGGGGUGGCAAUGGUCAAUUCUCUGUGAAUGUUACAGAAGGAGUUUAUUUUGAAUUAAUUGUUUCUGGGUCCAAUUUUACUUGUGGAUUGACAACAAUAAAUUCUUCUGUUGUUUGUUGGGGUCCUGGUUGGUCUAAUGGUUCUGAUUCUAGCUCAAGGUUUGAGCUUCCCUUAUCUCCUAUUCUUCCAGGGCCUUGUGUUCAAUCUUCUUGUAGUGAGUGUGGUAUAUAUCUUGAUUCUCAAUCUCUGUGCUCUGGCUCUGGUAACAUUUGCAAGCCAAGGCCUUGUGGGCCUCAAGUAACACCACCGCCGUCCCUAUCGCCGCCAUCACCGCCGCCGCCGCCGCCGCCACUCUCUCCUCCAUCAUCAUCUCGAUCGAAGUCCUUGACCAGGGGCUUAUUGGCAUUUGCCAUUGUUGGAUCCGUGGGAGCUUUUGCUGGUAUUUGCACAAUAAUUUAUUGUUUAUGGAGUGGAGUUUGUUUUGGGAAGAAGAAAGUCCAUAAUUCAGUGCAACCCACAAUCACAAGAGGUAGUAGCAGUUCCAAUGGUGGGGGUGGUUCCAAUAAUAGCCGAUCUUCAAUAUCAGCUACAAUUAAGCGUCAGAGUUCAAGAAUAAUGAGACGCCAGAGGAGUGGAACUUCAUCAUCGAAGCACACAGAGAGGGCUGAGGAGUUCACGCUUGCUGAGCUUGUAGCAGCCACCAACAAUUUCUCAUUUGAGAACAAGAUUGGUGCUGGAAGCUUUGGUGUUGUGUAUAGAGGUAAACUCUCUGAUGGUCGUGAGGUAGCAAUCAAGAGGGGUGAUACAGGUUCAAAGAUGAAGAAGUUUCAAGAGAAAGAGAGUGCAUUUGAUUCUGAAUUGGCCUUCUUGUCCCGUUUACACCAUAAGCACUUGGUUAGGCUAGUUGGGUUCUGUGAAGAGAAAGAUGAAAGGCUCUUGGUGUAUGAGUACAUGAUGAAUGGGGCAUUGUAUGAUCAUUUGCAUAACAAGAACAAUGUGGAAAAGAGUAGCAGUGUCUUGAAUUCAUGGAAAAUGAGGAUCAAAAUUGCUUUGGAUGCUUCACGAGGAAUUGAAUAUCUCCAUAAUUAUGCAGUUCCAUCUAUAAUUCACAGAGAUAUCAAGUCUUCCAAUAUCCUUCUUGACGCGACUUGGACAGCAAGAGUAUCUGAUUUUGGAUUGUCAUUGAUGAGUCCAGAACCUAACCGUGAUUACCAGCCAAUGAAAGCAGCAGGAACAGUUGGAUACAUUGAUCCUGAGUACUAUGGUCUAAAUGUUUUGACAGCAAAGAGUGAUGUCUACGGUUUUGGAGUUGUAUUGUUAGAACUUUUAACGGGAAAGAGAGCUAUAUUCAAGCAUGGUGAAGAUGGAGGAACUCCAUUAAGUGUGGUAGACUUUGCAGUGCCAGCUAUUUUGGCUGGAGAAUUGGUGAAAAUUUUGGACCCCAGGGUUGGAGCACCGGAACUGAAUGAAAGAGAGGCAGUGGAGUUAGUGGCCUAUACUGCUAUGCAUUGUGUGAAUUUGGAAGGGAAAGAUAGACCAACUAUAGCUGACAUUGUGGCCAAUUUGGAGCGGGCUUUGCUUAUAUGUGAAAGUAGCUAUGACAGUACAAUCUCUAUUGUUUCAGACUGAUAUAUUCAAACCCUAGGAAAAUGUGGAAAAAAUAUUGAAAGUUUUGCCCAUUUCUUAUUGAUUUUUUUCUGAUAAAUUUUAUGGUAUAUCUGUUGGUCUGUAAAGAGUAGAAGUAUCAUUUAACAUUAAGCCGUAGUAUUUGUAGAUUGUAAAAUUUUACAAAAUUACUAACAGCC